AUGUCGGGCUUCCACCCUUUCAAGGGCCGCGUGAGCAGGCACUUUGGCGAGAAUCUCGCGCCCGACGAUGCGUACCUAAGCUACUAUGACAUCCGCCUGACCAAGGAGGACAUCGAUUGCAUAAAGUGCGACUGGUUGACCGACAAUGCAAUUGCGUUCUGGGAAGAGUGGCUCGAACACGAACAUCUCUCUGCUUACCCCAAGGCCAAUAUCAGCCUGCUUCGCCCGUCCAUGUCCUUCAUGAUGAUCCAAACACCCGAUCCGCUCACCCUGAAGGAGGCUCUGCCCAAUUUCUCGAGGACGACGCAUAUCUUUCUGCCAAUAAACGAUUGCCGUAAUGUCAUGGAGGCCGAAGGAGGCUCGCACUGGAGCCUUCUGCUAGUCAGCGUCGUCGAUGGCGUCGCCUUCCACUACGACUCGCUCUGCGAGAGCAACGACCACGAAGCCCGGGUUGCCACGCAGAAGAUGGCCACGUUGCUCGGCCGCAGCCUGCGCUUCAUCAGCAUGGACGAUUGCCCGCAGCAAGAGAACGGGUCUGACUGCGGCGUCUUCGUGUGCUUGCUCAUGCGCUACCUUCUGUUGAACAGGCUGCUCCGAGCCGAUUCCAAGGAGAAAGUCAGCAUGAGCAUGGCCGGCAAAAACGUCGAGGCCAGCUCAGGCCGCAAGGAGAUGCUGAAGAUCAUCGAUGGCUUUAGAAAGGAGGGAAGGCGGAGAUCUCGAAGCAAGAGCCCGUUCAGUGACCACUCGAAGAGCCCUCCCCGGAUCGGCGACGAGUAA